AGCACUAUAAUUAUCCAUUCCACCAAUCCGUAUAUCUACUUUCGACCCACAAAUUUAAUAAAAAGCCUCAUAUUCUCGGAAUACACAAAACAAAUUAAAUCUCCUUUUAAUAGCGUUAUUUUGUAGGGUUUCUGAUGUUUACUUUCUGAAACUACUACUAUCACUUUGUUUUGCUUAUAAACAUUUUGCCGCCGAUUCCUUUAAAACCUCCGUCUAUUCGCCGAUCACCGGCGAAUUUGUUGUGUUGAGGUUACGUUUCAGUUCGAUCUACGUUUUUUUUUGAAUUUUUUCGACCGUUGAGUGAGUUCGCCUGAGAUGUCGGAGGUAGAGGCAGAGAAGACGGUGGAGGAAGAGGUGGUGAAGGGUGGUGAGCUGCUGUUUUGUGGAUGUACUAGUUGGGAUGCCGUUGGUCGCCGGAAAGUGCAGGAAGGAAAUUUGAUUUCUCCGACGAGACUUCGACCGCUUGUUGGUGUCAACAUUUGUUUCGUUGCCUCUGGCUGCGCUUCUUGUCAUUGUGUAGCACUAGAUACUGAAGGACGUUGCUAUACAUGGGGAAGGAAUGAGAAAGGGCAGCUUGGUCAUGGAGAUAAAAUUACACGUGAUAGACCAACUGUUGUUUCUGAACUCGCCAAGCAUAAAAUCAUUAGAGCCGCAGCUGGAAGGAGCCACACAGUGGUAGUGACUGAAGAUGGGCAGUCCUUUGCUUUUGGUUGGAAUAAACAUGGGCAGCUUGGCACAGGCUCUGCAAAAACUGAAAUUGAAUCAUCUCCAGUCCUCUGUGCUGUCUCUGAAGUCAAAACUGCUACUUGUGGGGCUGACUUUACUGUGUGGCUAACCUCAGUUGAAGGAGCUUCUAUAUUAACUGCUGGUCUGCCUCAGUAUGGUCAGCUUGGUCAUGCUACUGACAAUGAGUAUAAUACCAAAGAUAGCUCGGUCAGGCUAGCCUAUGAAGCUCAACCCCGACCUAGAGCUAUAGCAGCUUUUUCCGGAGAGACUAUAGUCAAAGUAGCUUGUGGAACAAAUCACACCGUUGCAGUGGAUAAGAAUGGAUAUGUAUACACGUGGGGAUUUGGCGGUUAUGGGAGGCUUGGUCAUAGAGAACAGAAGGACGAGUGGGCUCCUCGACGAGUUGACGUGUUCACACGGCAGAAUGUCUUGCCUCCAAAUGCAGUGGUUUCAGCAGGUUCUCUAAACUCAGCAUGCACUGCUGGAGGAGGACAGCUUUACAUGUGGGGCAAAGUAAAGAACAGCGGGGAUGAUUGGAUGUAUCCUAAACCUCUUCUGGAUUUGAGUGGAUGGAACCUGCGAUGUAUGGAUUCUGGUAAUAUGCACCACUUUGUCGGUGCUGAUUCCUCGUGCAUUAGUUGGGGCCACGCACAAUCAGGGGAGCUGGGUUAUGGACCAACUGGACAAAAAUCUUCUGCAGUUCCUAAGAAGGUAGACAUUUUAGAUGGCAUGCAUGUUAUCAGUGUUGCUUGCGGAUUUGCCCACUCCAUGGUUGUGAUUGACAAGACCAAUGUUGAAGAUCGACUUGAUCAGCUUGACGUAUAUGAUGGCAAGGCUUCUGAGGAAGGUACAGCUCUUACCUUCAUCUAUCUCUUUAUGUUCAGAGAUUAAAAGUAUGUGGAUGAAAAUUCUUUCUUAU